AUGAACUUUUUUUGCAAAAUCCUCAAGAACACUGGAAUACUUAAAUUCAGUUUUUUAUGCCGAUGUUUGGGUGCCAAGACAAAGUUGAUGAGUAUUUGCCGAUGAUUUCCAGCAUCGCAAAAGCAUUUUCCUGAAAAAUCCUCAAGAACUCUGAAACACUUGCAAAUUUCAAUUUUUCGGUCUAAGUUGCUGAGACUUUGCAUAAUCUCUCCAUCAUUGGAGAGAUACUUUCUUCAAAAAUCCUCCCCCUUCAACACUGAAAUCUUUGAAAUUGGGUGAUGAGCCAAAGUCGACUGGUUUUUACAAAAUAUUUUCAUAGAAAUUCUCUAUCGUGUUGAAAUAUCUACAAUACCUUAUUUCAAUUCAAUUAUGACUGUUUUUGUUGUUGUUGUUGGUGUGGAAUCCUUGCAGCUCCAUUUGUACCCCAACUUGGGUUAGGUUUUUAUUUCCACUCUGGCCCCUUCAAGGGGACCUCCCCCAUCUCACCGCUCCAAGUGGGUGUGGGGAAACUACCCAGCAGGGUCGACAGGACCCCAGCCGCCACUCUGGGCACGGCCUUGCCAUAACCAGCAUAUAUGCCUUCUCCUCAAGGGUUUCUCUCUUGACCACGGCUAAAUACACCCCUACCUCUUUCUCUCUAAGAACUCUGGCAUUAUAGCUUCUUUUAUGUCAAAUAGUUCUCUGGACUCAAGAGACUGGGAGAUUAUGAAGCCCUCUCAACUUGGGUGUUCUUGGGAGGUGGAGGAAUCGGGCUCGAUCGGGGUUCCUCAGAGCCCAGGCCUUAAGAAGAGCCACUCAGUGUGGAGCGAGCUGGGCCGAGAGGGAGGAUUCCCUUUUCUGGACCCAGAUGAAGGACCCGAUCAAGGGUCAAUCCCUGGAGAAGAACUCCUCCAUGAUGAGGCCUUUGGAAUCACGGCAAAUCAGAAUCAGAGCCAGGGAGAUAAUUCUCAGCCAAACAGCGCCACCUUCUUUGGUGGUGGUGGGUACUCUGAAGAUGAUGGCAGGAAGGCAUCUACUGAUCAUCUGGCAGCUGGAUUAGGCCCAAGGACUCUCCCAAAGGUGCGAUCCUUACCCAAUUUGGCAGCCUGCGGAUCUUCCUCCCCUCGGCCUUCCCGGUCACGAUCGGCAAAGGACUUGCGCUCUAUGGAGGAAGGGAUCCAGUUUGAGAUCCCAUUUAACCCUUUUGAGGCAGCUUCAUUGGGCCCCGUGGGAGAUUCUGGAGGAAUGUUUAUGGAAUUCGGAGAAGGGCCUGAUAGAGACGAGGUUUUCAUGGAAGAUGGUGGGUUCAAUGGCGGUGCCGCCGAUGGGGGCCAUAUCCAGAAUAUGAGGAGGAUCGAGGAGUGGGUCCGUCAGAUUGACAUUGAAGAUGCCGGCUUUGUGGAAGAGCUGGAGGAGCGCUCUUCUGAGCCCAAGGAGAGGAGGGAUUCCACCAGACCAAACCCCAGAGGCAGUAGCGGUGGCAGCAUUGGCGGUGCAGAGGUGGCUCACCGGUAUAUCUCCGCCCUGGCCCCGUCUUCGACCUCGGCUCAGAUGAUGAAUCUCGGGCUGGUGGUGAUCCCAUUUCUCGGUGCCUUCACCAGUUUGAGGGUUCUUGAUCUCUCCGGCAAUGCAAUUGGUAUGGAACAUCGAUCGAUCAUCUCUCAUGAGGAUUAAUUACUUCUUAUAAAAUAUGGGGUGUAUAUAUUUAACAGCUCUGACUGAUGGUGAUCUAAUAGCAGCUCUUUUUUUUCUUCUUCUUUUGCUAUUUUUCUCCAGUGAGGAUGACCUCGGGAGCCCUUCCAAGGGGCCUUCACGUGCUGAAUCUCUCCAGGAACAAUAUCUCAGCCAUUGAAGGUCUCCGGGAGCUGACCCGCCUCCGUGUUCUUGACCUGAGCUACAAUCGAAUCCUGAGGAUCGGACAUGGUGAGAGUCCUCCGCCAUUGUCAGUUUGAUGUUCUCGGUUAAUAUCUGAUUUUUCUUUUUUAAAAAGAAGAAUAUUCGAGAUAUUUGCUUGGUCUCAAUGGUGCUCGCUUUUUAAAACUUUUAUUGGGGAUAAUUGUUAUGAUCCUCAUUGAAGUUCAUUAAGCUCUUCAAAUCAUAAUUAAUAUCUAUUUUUAUUUAUUACUGAGCAUAUAUGUUGUUCGCUGCCUCAAGAAAUCUUAAUUAAUAUCUGGGUAAUUUAAUUUUUUUCAUUCAGUAUGCAUAGUUAGUCUGAUUUAUUACUUUUAUUCAAGUUCUUAGUGAACAUGAAUCUCAUUCUUACUUGUUCAAUGAAAAAAAACUGAAAAUUCAUCCAGAAAUGUAUCAACCAAUUACCCACCUUUUGUUCUAAAUGUUAACAAACACCACACUGAUCUACUAAUUCAGGAGCAUCAGAAUCCCUCCCCCAAUCUGAAUGAAUUUGAGAAAAACGCCUGUGCUCAUUGAUUGUUCUAUCUGUUUAUGCAUGGCAGGGCUGGCGGGGUGCUCGUCACUCAAGGAGCUGUACCUCGGCGGGAACAAGAUCGGGGAGGUGGAGGGGCUCCACCGGCUGCUGAAGCUGAGCGUCCUCGACCUGCGGGGUAACAAGAUCUCCACGGCCAAGUCGCUCGGCCAGCUAGCCGCCAACUACGCCUCCCUGCAGGCCGUCAAUCUCGAUGGGAACCCGGCGCAGAGGAACGUCGGCGAGGAGCAGCUCCGCCGCCACAUCCUCGGCCUCCUCCCGCGCCUCGUCUACUUCAACAGGCACGCCGUGAGGGCCGUUUCCUCCAAGGAUCUCGCCGAUCGUGCCGCCGCCGCGGCCCUCAGCGACCGCGGCGGCGUCAGAUCGGACCACCGCCGCCCCACCGCCGCCGCCCGGAGGGGUGCCACCGCCUCCAGCGGACCUCUCAAGGCUUCCGCGGGGACGGCGGGGGGCCGGUGGCGGGGGAGCCGUGGGACGGCGGCAGCGGCUCCGCCGAAGCCGCAUGGGGGAUCGAAGGGGAUCAGCGGCGUGCCGGGGAUCGGCGGGAGGCUGCUCAGCGGCCUGCGCCCCAUCAAUCCCCUUCGUAGAAUCCGGAGCGAGGGCGCCCUCUAA